AUGAAUAAUAAUAAUAAUAAUAAUAGCAGCAUAUCAAAUUUUAUCGAUUUUUGUAUCGAAGAAGAAAUUGAUCCGAAAAUUAAAUUUCAUUCAUUAUUAAGCGCAACAAUAUCGACAAUCAUGUGUCUUUCCGCUAAAUGUCCAAUACCAAAAUCAAAUGUGGAUACAACGAAAUUAUUUCUCAGUACGGUGACAAAUGAAAAUGGAGAAACGCCACGAAACGUAUCAAUUAUUCUUAAAUUAUUAAACAAUUAUACUGGUCCAUACGAAUCCAACGACGAUAAUAAACAAAUUUGCGAAAUCGAUGAUUCUCUCGAUAAUAAUGAUAAUGAUAAUAAUAAUAAUAAUACUACAACAACAAUUGCAAUACCUUGCGAUACUCAAAUGGUACGUUCGAAAUUUACAACGGAAAAUAAUUGUAAUCAACUCGUACCGAGGGAACAUAAUAUAAUUAUGGAAAAUCCAUCGUUGGAAUUAAUACCGAAAGAUAACAACAACAACAACAACAACAACAUCGUACCUCAAAUUUCUAUCCCUCAUAAACGCAUACCACGAAUGGCUACCACGACAACAACCACAACAACCACAACCACAAAAAGAUCCGAAAAAGAUACUAAAAAAAUACCCAAAUCAAAAUUAUCACAAAUUUCGACAUCAAAAUCAAUCGCUAGUAAAGUUUAG